AUGAGUAGUGUUGUUGUUGUUGUAAUAAUGGAAUGUUUGGAGGACUAUGACAGCUUGUAUGAUGUGGUUGAGGCAAGAGUUGAGUGGAAAGAGAAGAUUAAAAAGUUCAUUGAGGAGAUGCUCCAUGCUGG